AUGCGUCUUAAUCAAGCUGGAUUCAAGCCGGAUGCAGUUGUGAUAAUGGAAUGUGAUGGUGUUCCAGAUCAUUCACUUCAUAAAAGCAUUUUAUCAACGUACAUCAGCAAAGGCUUAUACAUAUGGGAAUUACAAUAUUCAAUUGACAUAAUGGACAUAAUGGACAUCGUUUGUCGACACUCAAGAGGCAUGCAAAUCAGUGCUAUGUCACUUGAAGAAUUGGCGGAGUAUCAACAAAUUGAAGCUUUCAGACGAAUGAAUACAUGUUGUAUAGCCGAGCGUUUACCCAAUGGUGAUUAUCAGUCAUGUCAUAGACGUAUGGUUGGAAUUUGGCUUAAUCGUAAACUCCGUGAACUUAGUAUUCAAAAACGGCUGCCACUUUUUUAUAAUAAAGCAAUGAAUCAUUAUUAUAUUUGUUUAUACCAUCGUCGAAUGAUUCGUCACGAAAAACCUCUGAAAUUAGGUGAAUCGUUGAGCAGUCGGGAUCUUUCAGUUUAUGAGCAGCAGACAUCAUUUACUGCUGAUGAAUUAUUGGAAAUCAACGAAGAUCCUUUGUUAAAGAGUAAUAAGGGUGAAGAUGACGAAGACGAUGAAAAAUCACUUUUAAGUGUUGACGACGAAAGUGAUUUAAGUGCUUCUGAUCAUGAAGACUGGAAUUUAAUUGAACGGAAUAUGAAUAUUGCGCCAAGUGCUGGUGAGAGCGAACUUGGAAUCAUGAGAAACAUCAUUCAUAAUGCAUCGAGACAGAAAGUAUCUGACAGAUUCAAUCCAUAUAUUCAUACAGUUAUGCCUCCUCUUCAUCGUCUUCCUGCGGCUACACUCCGUCGUUACAAGAAACAUUUCGGUCUUUCCAAUCGCACUUGUGCUAACAACACAAAACAACAGUUAUUAAGUGGUAUUGGCGAUCACUUUCAAACCAUACCAGUUACAAAGAAAGGAGAACUUAUCAAUUUUCUGCUCACAAUAAAAAAUCAAAACAUUCUAUCUUAUCCAGCUGAACUUCAAGAGAGUGAUCAACGUCAAGCACUCCCAUCUUAA